AUGUCUAAUCAAAAAAUUCGUUUCUCUUAGAUAUUUAAAAAUUAAAAAUUAUGUAUUUAAGUGAUAAUAAAAAUGUAAUAAUUCAAGAUCAUAAAGAAAAGAACGAUAGAAAAAGUAUACGUAAACAAAAACGUGCUAAUCACAAACUAAUUAGAGAUAUGAAUAUUAAAUGCUCUGACGAACCUACGCAAAAUCUAAUGAUAUGCAAUGGUGGCUUAGUUACUGGUAUUAAAAGAGAAACAUUGCAGUCUGUACUAGAUGCAUUGAUUUCUAAGUACAUCUUGAUAAUGCCAUCAGGCAAAUCAUAUUGCUUUAUAACAUGUAAUAUGAAAGAAGAUGCGACAUGUGUGUACAAUUAUAUUCAUGGACGGAUUAAACUUCCAGGUCAAAAUGGCCCAUUAUAUGUCUGUUAUACAGAAACAGUUCCUGAUAUAAACUAUGAAACGAAGAAUUUUGUAUUUCCACCUGGUCUUACAUUAAUAGAAAAUUUCAUAACAAAAGAUCAAGAAGAGAGUUUGCUGAAAACACUUAAUUGGGACAAUUGUGAAUCUUCCUCACUUCAAUUGAAGCAUAGACAAGUGAAACACUUUGGAUAUGAAUUCCAAUAUGGUACAAAUAUUGUCAAUCUUGAAAAGCCCAUUGCCCCUAUACCGCAAGAUUACAAGUUUCUGCAGACUCUAUUUGACAAACAUGGUCAUAAAUAUAUGUAUGACCAAUUGACUAUUAACAAGUACUUACCUGGGCAAGGUAUACCGCCGCAUGUCGAUACGCACAGUGUUUUCGAAGAUACGAUAUUAUCAUUAUCGCUGGGCUCGUUAUGCGUUAUGAACUUUAGGCGAACGGAUCGGAAAAUCGAUGUGCUCCUACCAGCCAGAUCAUUGUUAAUCAUGACGGGAGAAGCGAGAUACGCUUGGACACAUGGGAUUUCUCCUCGUCACAACGACGUGAUCGAUACAGAGAACGGUAGCACAACGCAGAAACGCGGCACCAGGGUGUCUUUCACUUUCAGAAAGGUGCGACGUGCCGGAGAUUGCAACUGCGACUUCGAAGAGCACUGCGACAGUAAACGAUGGGACGCUUCUAUGUUCAUCGACGCUAAAGCAGCAUCGGGUCUAGAAAAUUCAUAUGUACAUAAAGUUUACGAGGAAAUUUCUAAUCACUUUAGCGAGACACGACAUAAGCAGUGGCCUAAUGUAACAAAGUUCCUCGGAAAUUUGGAAGAAGGCACGUUAUUAUUGGACGUAGGUUGCGGAAACGGCAAAUAUCUUUGUGGAAAUGAAAAUAUAUACAAGUUGGGGUGCGACCAUAGUUCGGGACUAGCCGAAAUCUGUCGCAACCGGGGCUUCGAAGUGCUGCUAUGCGAUUGCCUAUAUUUACCGUACCGAGACAAAUCCGUCGACGCAGUAAUCAGCAUAGCAGUAAUUCACCACUUAUCUACGCGAGACCGACGGAAACGUGCCAUCGCCGAGAUGAUGAGAGUACUCAGACCGAACGGCAAAUGUCUGAUCUAUGUGUGGGCGAAGGAGCAACGCCGAGAUUCCGCGGAAUCGUUUUAUCUCAAAUAUGAGUCUAAGAAUAAGGAUAAAUACCGCGAAAUUAACCGCAGGAUUUCCGAAUAUCAAUUAACUUUACCGAUUCACGAGAAUAGAACGAAUUUCGUUCAUAGCGACAUGCUAGUUCCUUGGAAGAAGAAAGGCGGCGAACGUUUCCUCAGAUAUUAUCAUGUGUUUCAAGAGGGAGAACUUGCGGAGUUGUGCGCGGAAAUAUCCGCAACCAUGCUCAAAAGUGUAUAUUACGAUCAAGGAAAUUGGUGCGUUAUUUUGGAAAAAAUAUAAAUAGGUAAAUUUACAGAUAUAUACAAAGAUGAUAAAAUAAAAAUUACAUCCACGAUCGAUCAAAUACAUUAUAUCUUGAUGAUUAUUGCGUCUAUUCCGAGAUUUCUGUAUAAAUUAAAAGGCGCAAAAGACAUGAUAAUUAAAAUAUAUUCUUAAUCUUUGUUAUAAAAAUUAAAUUUAAAAAUUAAGGAU